UCGAUUUACAGUAUUGUGAAUGACAGUUCCAUGCAUACAACGUUCCAACGUCACAUCCUCCACCAAUGAUUUUUUUUUUAAAACGCCCAAAGAGCACGGAAAGCGAGCAGCCUUUGUUCCUAAGGCGUUACCUUGGGGCACAAGCUUGAAAAAGCAGUGCUUGGGCUCAGUGGACACAGCCUGACAGCUCGGUUCCCACAGCUGCCCCUCCGGUCACCCCAAGGCUUCCCCCGCGCGGCCGGAGAGCCCUGAGAGCUCCCCACAGCUGCCCCUCCCGGAACGCCUUGCCCAGACCGGGGCUGUGACGUCAGCGCUAAAUCCCGGGGUGGGGAGCCGGGAUGGCGCUAGGCGGGCGGGGUGAGAGGGUGGGGUGGGAGGGGGGGGGGAAAGGGUCCAGAUGCGGCGACCUACGCCCCCCACCGGUCACGUGCCCGGGCCCCGCACGUUUCCGGGGCGUCACGUCCGGGUGCGGCGGGCGCCGGAGUCCGGCGGACGCUGGAGGCCUUGGAUCCUGACUUCCUGCGUCCGUCCUUCCAUCCAACUGCUGCUUCCCUGUUCCUAGCGGGAGGGAUAUGAAUGUCUCUGAGCCUCCGCCCCCCGACGGGGUCCUGGCAGGGCCGGCCGAGGACUUGGGAGCCGGGGAGUCCACGCCCGGUUUAAGUGACUCUUCUCCAGAUGAAGGGCUCGUCGAGGAUGGGCCAGUAGAAGACAAAGCUGUGGAACAACUGGUGGAAGGAUUGCUUUCUCACUAUCUGCCAGAUCUGCAGAGAUCCAAGCAAGCCCUCCAGGAACUCACACAGAACCAAGUUAUAUUACUAGAUACACUGGAACAAGAGAUCUCAAAAUUUAAGGAAUGUCAUUCUAUGUUGGAUAUUAAUGCAUUGUUUACUGAAGCUAAGCACUAUCAUGCGAAGCUGGUAAAUAUAAGGAAAGAGAUGCUCAUGCUUCAUGAAAAGACUUCAAAGUUAAAAAAAAGAGCACUUAAGCUGCAGCAGAAGAGACAAAAAGAAGAGUUGGAAAGGGAGCAACAACGAGAGAAAGAAUUUGAAAGAGAAAAGCAGUUAAUUGCCAAACCAGCUAAAAGGACAUGAAUAAAAGUUGAAUAUGUCAAGGGCAUGUUUCUGUCCCAGAUUCUCUGGGCUCAGAUAACCUAAAUGUAGACUGAAGUUAAUAUAUAGUGCCUUAUACAUUAGUCUUGCAAAAAUUUCUUUUCCAGAGUACUGUAUCUCUAUAUUUUCAUUUUAGCCUUUAAAGAAACUCCUUUUUCCUGUGUAGAAGACACAGUGUCCCAUAUUUAUGUUUUUUUCAGCUUGUUUUGUUUAACAUGUUGACGAGGCUUGUGUGUACCACUGAUGGCUCACACUUGAAUGUAGAAUGUGGUUAAAUUAACACAGAUCGCAGUGCUGGUAUCGCUGUGUUAAUUUAAAAUUUCACUAAUUUUGCCUUGAGUUGUUUAUAAAUUGGAAAGUGAUUUAAUAGCCUGCCCCCUAAAAUGGUUAAGAAUUUGAAAAUUUUGACUUCUUUGUGUGGAUUUAAAAGUUACAAUAUCUUCCUUUAUGAAAUGAUUUUCCUUUUCUGGCAAUAUAAUACUGAAUUUUGCCUAUUUGUUUUUGAUUGCUUUGUUAAGAAGAAAUGCUAAUUCUUUAAUCACAUAUGCUCCUGAAAAAGAGAUGGUGUAAACCUUCAUGAAAGUAUGGUAGGCGAGUGUCCAGAAAGUAAUAGCAUCUUAGACAUAGAAUAGGUGAGCUAGAUGGAACCCUAGACGCUAUACAUUGUCUGCUACCUAAGCACUGUUGUUGUUUAUUUAGGUCUUAUGUAGCUUCUGCAUUUAAAGAAAAUUAUAUCUAUUUCUAAAAUUUGGUUGGAGGAGUGGAGCUGUCACACAAUCAAGUAUGUGUAAAUAUCUGUGAUAAUUAGUAAUAUAUUGAUAUGCACUUGUUAAGUUGAUAAGAUAAUGAGCUAAGUAAUCCAAGUGGAAGAUCUAAUAUAUGUGUAUAUAUAUAUAUAUAUAUAUAUAUAUAUAUAUUGUUUAUUCUCUGAUUUCCUGUGUGGUCUUAUUUGUGGCUACUUUUUUGUGCUUUUAAGAAAUUCCUAAUGUACUCCAACAGCUCAAUUUAUGGGUAAUACAGGAAUGGUGGAAAAUUAGUAAAUAUCUUCUUUGCAAAAGAGGCAGCACGAUACCUUCUAUGUUUCCUUCUGACUUUCUGUGGAAACUUAUUGUUUGCAGGAAAUAUUAUGACAUUCCAUACUUUAAAAUUGAGUAUAUUAUUUACUAUCUUAAGUAUUUUCUAUCCAGCUGUUCUCCAAUCUCUGUUAUAUAGAGAUUGUAUAAAACCUGUAAAACUGUAUAAUUAGAAUGUAUAUAUUUUAUGAUCUAUAUUACACACUUGGUAAGGUGGAAUUACUACCUCUGAUCACAUAUCUUAAUGAGGAAGAGGCAUUAGAUUCAAAUUGAGUGCUAAGAUCUCAUGUGUUUAAGGUAUAAAUAAUUAGUUUGAAAACCUUUCCCUUUAAUGAAUGAAGAUUUUUCACAAUUGACUUGACUUCAUAGAAUAUAAAUUUAUUUUUCUUGAAAAGACAAAAUGUUAGACACUAUUGCAUAGGACAGGAUUAAUUGGGGUUUGUAGGACAUUGUCACCUAAAAUAGUGAAUGUAACUCAUUUAAUCACAAGAAUUUACAUUGUUUCUGAGAGUGGUUCCUAGACCAACUGCAAUGCAUAUAUAAAAUGCUAGUUUCUUGUGGCUGGAGAGACAGUACAGGGGCAGAGCUACGUCAUUUGCCUCGCAUGUGACUGACCCUGGUUAGAUCCCAGCAUCACAUCUCCGCCUUCCCCCCCACCCCACCCCCAAGAAUCGCUGUGUGCUGCCAGGUGUGGCUGCAACCCCCCAGCCUCCUAACAAGAUAUUAAAGAAGAAUAAAAUUCUGAAUUAGAGUUACCAUUUUCAACCUAUGAAACAUUUAUUUAUUUCUCCUUUAAAAGAAAUUUCCUCAACUGAUUCUUGUGUAAUGUAAAAGUUAGAAACUACUAGUCAAAGUGUUUAGGUCAGAGAUUUCCCACAUAGGGCUGCAUUUCACUAUCACCUGGGAACUUGAAAAUACAUAUUUUAGGGUAUUCUUUAUUUUUGGCUGAAGAGCAGUUAUGCUCAGGGCUAACUCCUGGCUCUGCACUCAGGAAUUACUCCUGGCAGUAUUAGGGGGGCCAUAUGGAAUGCCAGAGAUCAAACCCACAUUAGCUGUGUGCAACACCUUGCACACAGUUUACCCGCUGUACUAUUUUCUGGCACCCAUUUUGGGAUAUUCUUUUUUUUUUUUUUUUUUUUUUUGCUUUUUGGGUCACACCCAGCGAUGCUCAGGGGUUACUCCUGGCUCUGCACUCAGGAAUUACUCCUGGCGGUGCUUGGGGGACCAUAUGGGAUGCCGGGGAUCGAACCCGGGUCGGCCGCAUGCAAGGCAAAUGCCCUACCCGCUGUGCUAUCGCUCCGGCCCCACCAUUUUGGGAUAUUCUUAUUCAUUAGUUCUGGGCAGGGAGGACCAUGUAAGUUUUACAGAUCUUCCCAGAUCAUUCUGAUGCAAGAAGUCUACUUAUAAGGAUGGAGAAUAGUUUUAGUUGUUUAGUAAAACUUGUUGGGUUAAUAUUUGAAAUUCUAAACUGCUUUAGUUUAAAGUCAGAUUUAAGAUUGAAAAUAGCAGGCAGGAAAUAGAUAAAAGUAUUUUGGUUAAUUGAACUCUGGUAUUCUCUGUUGCAAUCAUGUUUAUUGAGUGAAUGGCAAGGUACGUAUUUAGGGUUAUAUUCUUUAAAAUUUUGAAGACUUUAGUAUGGUAGUCACAUGUAUUAAAAUUUACUUUUUUUAGGUCAACCAUUAAUCAGAAGUACCAUCACUUUUGUGAUUAAAAUUUGAAACCAUAGCUGUAUUUCAGAAGCAUGAAGACAUAUCUUACUGACUAAACUUAAAUUAGUCUUGUAUUUUUGUGUAAAAUGAUGAAUUGGUACUUAGGAGGACUCUGGGGUUUUUUUUUUUGAAGGGGGUUGAAAAAUGUACUCUAGUUUUGAAACCUAUCAUAUCUGCACUAAACUAAAGUGAUAGGAAUUUGUAUUUACUUAGCAAUAAGGACUCAUGUAAAUAUGCAGACGUUGAAUGUAAUAUGGAUUGUGUCUACAGCAAGAUUGUGGGUGAAUAUGGUGUGUAACUAUGCCAACUUUACACUUUCCAAGACUUUAAGUGUAUAAGAUGAGGACUACUUUCAAUAUUUGAACAAACGUAAUAAAAAAAGAUUACUGAA